AUGAAGAAAAGGAGAAAGGUUGCCUUCAGUCUUGACGAGAAGAUCCGCCUGGGCUACCGGACCGACUCCCCCGAGGGACAUGGGUCCGCUGGGGCGUGCGACCCGCUGACCUACACCCGCUGCGCCCCGCGCCCGGCGCCCCCCGAGGCCCCCCGCUGCUGCCGGGACCCGCCGGGCCCGCCCCCGGCGGCGGCCGCCGAGCAGAGGACCCUCCUGAGCUCCUGGCAGUACCAUCAGAACCUGCUCAAGUACCUCAACGCCGACCGCCAGAAGCAGCCGUCCUUCUGCGACCUGCUGAUCGUGGUGGAGGGCCGGGAGUUCAGCGCCCACAAGGUGGUGGUGGCCGUGGGCAGCAGCUACUUCCACGCGUGCCUGAGCAAGAACCCCGGCACGGACGUGGUCACGCUGGACCACGUCACCCACUCCGUCUUCCGCCACCUGCUUGAGUUCCUGUACACGUCGGAGUUCUUCGUGUCCCCGUGCGAGAUCCCCCUGGUGCUGGAGGCCGCCAAGUUCCUGGACAUCAUCGACGCCGUCCAGCUGCUCAAGGAUGAGGGCGCCGCCCCGCCCUUCCCGCCCCGGCAGCAGCUCCCGGGCCCCGCGCCCCCCGGGGACCCCCUCGGGGAGCUGACCGGCCGGCUGUCCGCCGGCCACCGGUGCACGUUCUGCGGCCGCUGCUUCUGCUACAAAAAGUCCCUGGAGAACCACCUGGCCAAGGCGCACCACCGGCCCUCCCGCUUCCUGGGCAAGAAGCAUGGGCUGGCGGUGCUGGAGCGGGGCCUGGCGGCCGCCCGGAGGCCCACACGGAGCAGGAAGUUCCCUGUGAAGUUCCAGGACACCAGCGAGGAGGAGGAGGAGGAGGAGGAGGACGAGGAGCCGGAGAGCGGCGACGGGUCGGACCCGAAGGAGGAGGCCGGCGCCACCGCCGGGAACGACUCCGAGGAUCCCGGGAGCGAAGGCAACGCCGAGGAGAACGUGCCCGAGGAGGAGGUGUCCAGUGAGUUCUGUGACAUCGAAGAGCAGAGUGACAAGGAGCCGUCGGAGGAGGAGGAGGAAGAGGAGGACGAGGAGGAGGAGGAGGAGGACGAGGAGGAACCGGAGACGGGCGAUUCUGGAGGAAGCCUUCACGUGGAGCUGUCCCCCGUGAUCAUCCAGAUAAAUAACAGAAAGAUCCUGCAGUGUCCGAUGUGCGAUAAAACCUUUGACCGGAUAGGAAAAUACGAGAGCCACACGCGUGUCCACACGGGCGAGAAGCCCUUUGAGUGUGACAUCUGUCACCAGCGCUAUUCGACCAAGUCUAACCUGACCGUCCACCGGAGGAAGCACAGCAACGGGACGGACUUCCACCAGAAGGAGCACAAGUGCCCUUAUUGCAACAAGCUGCACGCCAGCAAGAAGACGCUCGCCAAGCACGUGAAGAGAUUUCAUCCUGAAAAUGCACAAGAAUUUAUUUCCAUUAAGAAGACUAAGAGCGAAAGUUGGAAAUGCGAGAUCUGCAAGAAGUACUUCACGCGGAAACCUCACCUGGAGGAGCACAUGAUCCUGCACUCCCAGGACAAGCCCUUCAAGUGCACCUAUUGCGAAGAGCAUUUCAAGUCACGGUUCGCCCGGCUAAAGCAUCAGGAGAAGUUCCAUCUGGGCCCUUUUCCGUGUGACGUCUGCGGCCGCCAGUUCAACGACACGGGCAACCUGAAGCGCCACGUCGAGUGCACGCACGGAGGGAAGAGGAAGUGGACCUGCUUCAUCUGCGGGAAGUCCGUGCGGGAGAGGACCACGCUGAAGGAGCACAUGCGGAUCCACAGCGGAGAGAAGCCCCAUCUCUGCAGCAUCUGCGGGCAGCGCUUCCGCCACGGCAGCUCCUACAGACUUCACCUCCGAGUGCAUCACGACGACAAGAGGUACGGGUGCGAGGAGUGCGGGAAGACCUUCAUUCGCCACGACCACCUGACCAAGCACAAGAAGAUCCACUCAGGGGAAAAGGCUCACCAGUGUGAAGAAUGCGGAAAGUGUUUUGGCCGCCGGGAUCAUCUCACUGUUCAUUACAAGAGCGUGCACCUGGGCGAGAAGGUGUGGCAGAAAUACAAAGCCACCUUUCAUCAGUGCGAUGUCUGUAAGAAAUAUUUUAAAGGCAAAUCAAGUCUCGAAAUGCAUUUUCGGACGCAUUCAGGUGAGAAGCCGUACAAGUGCCAGAUCUGCAAUCAGUCGUUCCGAAUCAAGAAAACCCUGACCAAGCACCUGGUCAUCCACUCGGACGCCCGGCCCUUCUACUGUCAGUACUGCAACGCCACGUUCAAGCGCAAGGACAAGCUCAAGUACCACAUCGACCACGUGCACGGCAUCAGGUCCCCGGACGACCCGCCGAGCGCCUCCGAGGACAAGCUGGUGGCCCUGCCCGCGCAGUACGCGGCCGACGACAAGGUGUUCGAGGCUGACCAGCCCAAAGCCCGCCCGGCGGCGGGGGACAGGACAGCGCUGCAGAGCGCGCCCGCCGAGGUGUGCGUGCCCGUCACGCUGGUUCCCGUGCAGAUGCCCGACGGCCCGGGCGACCUGGGGCGGCACGGAGCCCCCCUCCCGCCGCCCCCGCACGACAUCCUGUCCCCGCAGCCGCCCUCCGCCGACUACCCGCGGGCGGCGGACUUAGCUUUUCUGGAAAAGUACACGCUGACCCCGCAGCCCGCAAACAUCGUCCACCCCGUCCGCGCCGAGCAGAUGCUGGACCCCCGGGGACAGUCUUACCUGGGCACCCUGCUGGGGCUGGACGGCGCCACGGCCGUGCCGGGCAUCUCGGAGGCCGAGCAUCGCGCGUGA